ACCAGGAAAUGACUUUGCACUUCAAAGUAAACGUAACUCUCUCUCUCUCUCUCUCUGUGAGUUCAAGAAAAUGGCCGAAGCCAGUAUUUCAGUAGAUCUGGACCAGUUCAUCUGUUCAGUUUGUCUGGACCUACUGAAGGAUCCAGUGGUGAUCCCCUGUGGUCACAGUUUCUGUAAGGUGUGUAUUAAUGACUGCUGGGAUCAGGAGGAUCAGAAGGGCGUCUACAGCUGUCCUCAGUGCAGAGACACUUUCACUCCAAGGCCUGUUCUACGCAGAAACAACAUGCUGUCUGAAGUGGUGGAGAAACUGAAGAAGAAGACUGAAGUCCAAGCUGCUUCUCCUGCUCACUGUUACGCUGGACCUGGAGAUGUGGAGUGUGAUUUCUGCACUGGGAGAAAACACAAAGCUAUCAAGUCCUGUCUGACGUGUGUGGCUUCCCUUUGUGAAACUCAUUUAAAACCUCAUCUUGAAAUUCCUGCUUUGAAAAAGCACAAGUUAAUCGAGGCUUCUGGAAAUCUACAAGAGAAGAUCUGCUCUGCGCAUGAUAAAGUACUGGAGAUCUACUGUCGUACUGACCAAAGCUUCAUCUGUUAUCUGUGUAUGACGGAUGAACACAAAAGCCACGACACCGUCUCAGUUAAAGCAUACAGAAGUGAAAAACAGAGUGAGUUAAAGGAGGAGCAGAUGAAAUCCCAGCAGAGACUCCAGGAGAAGCAGAAGAAGGUGCAGGAGCUGAAACAGACUGUGAACACUAUAAAGCACAGUGCACAGACAGCAGUGGAGGACAGUGAGAGGAUCUUUACUGAGCUGAUCAGCUCCAUGGAGAAAAAGCGCUGGGAGGUGACGGAGCUGAUCAGAGAUCAGGAGAAGGCUGAACUGAGUCGAGCUGAACGACUCCUGGAGCAACUAGAGCAGGAGAUUGCUGAUCUUCAGAGGAGAGUCACUGAGCUGGAGCAGCUUUCACACACACACGAUCACAUCCAUUUCCUCCAGGUAACACUCACUGUCAGACUCGAGGAAUUCUGCCAGGAGGAACUCAUCAAAAUCUCUGAACAUGUUGAAGACGUUCAGAUUUUACUCUCAGAGCCAAAGAGCAGAGACGAGUUUCUGAAAUAUUUCUGUGAUCUGGCUCUGGAUCCCAACACAGUAAAUUAUUACCUCAUUCUGUCUGAGAAGAACAGAGUGGUGACGGGCAUGAUCUGGGAGAUUCUCAGCUGGAAAUGCUCAGGUGCUGAGAAGAUCCCAAAUGGGAGUCUCCUGAAGCAAUACCUCCCAAAAGGAGUUAUGAAAGUCAUCAAGGGCUCAGAGUCUUCAUCUGGAGUGUAUUAUCCUGCUCAAGCUCAGUAUGAACCUUCAGUGCCCACCGCACCUGUGAUGAUGAACCCCGCCCAGCAGCAACAGGCUCCACCUCCUCAGCAGCAAGUCCCGCCCCAAAAGCACAAAAGGGAGCGCAAGCCGGAUCAGACCUGCAGUCUCAAACUUCUGGAGGACUUCACACAGCCUGCCGUCAUGCUCGGUUUCAUCUUUACUGAACACCGAGAUGUCAUCAGCAUGGCACAGUGUUCCUUUUGUGCCUGCAAUGAUCUGGGAGAUUCUCAGCUGGAAAUGCUCAGACAUGCAUUGAAUGUGUCCAGUACAGUCACUGGAUGGUUGUUGGGAUUGCUGAUCAUUCACUGUGCAUUUUGGAGAUUCCCAUCCCUGGCUUUUGAGUACAUGGAUUCUGUUCCUUCCUGGAAAAAGCACAAGUUAGUUGAAGCUUCUGGAAAUCUACAAGAGAAGAUCUGCUCUGAGCAUGAUAAAGAACUGGAGAUCUACUGUCGUACUGACCAAAGCUUCAUUUGUUAUCUGUGUAUGACGGAUGAACACAAAAGCCACGACACCGUCUCAGUUAAAGCAUACAGAAGUGAAAAACAGAGACUCGAGGAAUUCUGCCAGGAGGAACUCAUCAAAAUCUCUGAACAUGUUGAAGACGUUCAGAUUUUACUCUCAGAGCCAAAGAGCAGAGACGAGUUUCUGAAAUAUUUCUGUGAUCUGACUCUGGAUCCCAACACAGUAAAUUAUUACCUCAUUCUGUCUGAGAAGAACAGAGUGGUGACGCUCAGUGAGAGAGAGCAGCCGUACUCUGAUCAGCCAGAGAGAUUUGACCCCUACUGGCAGGUGUUGUGUAAGGAGAGAAAGCAGGAAGUGGCUCCUCAUUUCAGAGAAAACAAAACUCAGUCUCUCUCUCUCGCAUUGUGUGAGUUCAAGAAAAUGGCCGAAGCCAGUAUUUCAGUAGAUCAGGACCAGUUCCUCUGUUCAGUGUGUCUGGACCUACUGAAGGAUCCAGUGGUGAUCCCCUGUGGUCACAGUUUCUGUAAGGUGUGUAUUAAUGACUGCUGGGAUCAGGAUGAUAAGAGCGGAGUUUAUCGCUGUCCUCAGUGCGGAGACACUUUCACACCAAGGCCUGUUCUACGCAGAAACAACAUGCUGGCUGAAGUGGUGGAGAAACUGAAGAAGAAGAUUGAAGUCCAAGCUGCUUCUCCUGCUCACUGUUACGCUGGACCUGGAGAUGUGGAGUGUGAUUUCUGCACUGGGAGAAAACACAAAGCUGUUAAAUCCUGUCUGAUGUGUCUUGCCUCCUUUUGUGAAACUCAUCUGAAACCUCACUAUGAAGUUCCUUCCUGGAAAAAGCACAAGUUAGUCGAAGCUUCUGGAAAUCUACAAGAGAAGAUCUGCUCUGAGCAUGAUAAAGUACUGGAGAACUACUGUUGUACUGACCAAAGCUUCAUCUGUUAUCUGUGUAUGACGGAUGAACACAAAAGCCACGACACCGUCUCAGUUAAAGCAUACAGAAGUGAAAAACAGAGUGAGUUAAAGGAGGAGCAGAUGAAAUCCCAGCAGAGACUCCAGGAGAAGCAGAAGAAGGUGCAGGAGCUGAAACAGGCUGUGAACACUAUAAAGCUCAGUGCACAGACAGCAGUGGAGGACAGUGAGAGGAUCUUUACUGAGCUGAUCAGCUCCAUGGAGAAAAAGCGCUGGGAGGUGACGGAGCUGAUCAGAGAUCAGGAGAAGGCUGAACUGAGUCGAGCUGAACGACUCCUGGAGCAACUGGAGCAGGAGAUUGCUGAUCUUCAGAGGAGAGUCACUGAGCUGGAGCAGCUUUCACACACACACACACAUGAUCACAUCCAUUUCCUCCAGAGUUUCCAGUCUCUCUGUGUCUCUUCUGGAUGUGAGGACUCACCCAGCAUCACUGUCAAUCAACAUCUCUCAUUUGAUGGAGUGAGGAAAUCUCUCUCUGAUCUGAAAAAGAGACUCGAGGAAUUCUGCCAGGAGGAACUCAUCAAAAUCUCUGAACAUGUUGAAGACGUUCAGAUUUUACUCUCAGAGCCAAAGAGCAGAGACGAUUUUCUGAAAUAUUUUUGUGAUCUGACUCUGGAUCCCAACACAGUAAAUUAUCGCCUCAUUCUGUCUGAGAAGAACAGAGUGGUGACGUACAGUGAGAGAAAUCAGCCGUACUCUGAUCAUCCAGAGAGAUUUGACUCCUACGGGCAGGUGUUGUGUAAGGAGAGAGUGUGUGGACGCUGUUACUGGGAGGUGGAGUGGAGCAGUGAGGGAUAUGUGUUCAUAUCAGUCUCAUAUAAAGACAUCAGAAGGAAAGGACGGGGUAAUGAGUGUGCGUUUGGACGCAACAAUCAGUCCUGGAGUCUGCAGUGUUCUUCUUCUUCUCUCUUUUUCUAUCACAACAACAUUAAGACUGAUCUCAGAGUUCCAUCCCCCUCCAGAAUAGGAGUGUAUGUGGAUCACAGUGCAGGAACUCUGUCCUUCUACAGCGUCUCUGACACGAUGAAGCUCCUCCACAGAGUCCACACCACAUUCACUCAGCCUCUAUACGCUGGAUUCUGGCUCUACUGGUAUUUUAGGGUAAAUUCAGGACUAACUGUGAGGUUGUGCGAUCGAAAAAAAUAAUGAGUUUUUGGUGUUUUAUCGUCACUAAUUUGUUGAUUAAAAAAGAAAUCCAUGCACAUUUCCUUAUUGAUCCUCAAUUGUGAAAAAAUUACGAACAUUAAAUCAUUAAAAACACAAUGUUAAAACUCUGCAUUUCACCUCAGUCUAGAAUCAUCAGCUACAGAUAUAAAGGAAAUGAAAUUGUAAGAUCUGAAUGUACGGCCAAUAAAAUAUAAAAUCUCUACUGAUUUCUGAAAUUAGUGCAGCAAAAUGCCUGAGCUUUCUCUAAAGUCUGCAUUUAUUGGGUUUUAUGUU